UACAUUCCGCGUAUCAGGGUAUACAUAAGGUGCGGUGAUUCGUAACUUGGACGCAGUUGAGUUCGGCCAAAAGCUCGGACGAUAGGAACUUAAUUGGCGGACGGUCUAAAGUCACAGGAAAACAUGUGGCUCAAGUGGUUAACAGCACUCUUGCUUAUAGCAUUCUUCGUAAAUCAAGGCAAUGCAACUUUCUACGUGUGCGCCCCCCGUAGCUUUGGUCCCGACCAAAUCGUAUGCGUCUGCAAUUCUACGUAUUGCGACACGACGCCGAACAAUCGGACCCUUAUCCCACCACCCGGGAGCUUUAGCCAGUACACGUCGAGCAGAAGCGGGCUUCGAAUGCAACUGAAUCUGAACGCCAGUAUGAGUAACUCUUGCCGGGGUGCUCCGUCGGGCGCCGUGGCCCUGCGAGUGAACACCAGUCAAACGUAUCAAACGAUCCUCGGUUUCGGCGGAGCUUUCACGGAUUCGAACGGCAUCAACAUCCUGAGCCUCAGCCCGGCAACUCAAUCUAAUCUAUUGGCAUCAUUGUUUCAUCCGGUCACCGGAAAUAGUUACAAUCUGGGUCGCGUGCCGAUCGGUGGAACCGAUUUCUCGUUGAGGCCAUAUACGUUAGACGACAUUGCGGGCGACUAUACUUUGUCACAAUUCUCGCUCGCCCCGGAAGAUCUGCAAUAUAAAAUCCCGAUCAUACAACAGGCCCUCCGACUAGCUCCCAACUUGCUGCUCGACAGUGCCGCGUGGUCAGCUCCGCCAUGGAUGAAAUCUAAUGGCCAAAUCAAUGGCUUUGGCUUUUUAUUACCGCAAUUCUAUCAAACGUACGCCGAUUAUAUACUACAAUUCUUGGCUGCGUACGCGAGCAAUGGCAUCAACAUAUGGGCCGUGUCGACGGGUAACGAGCCGCUGGACGCUUAUUAUCCGUUGAGUAUCAUCAACUCAAUGGGCUGGUCACCGUCGACGGUGGCCAAUUGGGUCGUCAACAAUUUGGGACCAACCUUGGCGAAUUCCACGUACAACAAUACUCAAAUUCUGGCAAUAGAUGAUCAGAGAAUCGUUUUACCUUCUGCCGUACAACAAAUGUUCGAUGUUCCGGGCGUGGAAGAUUAUAUCGCCGGUAUAGCCGUCCAUUGGUACGACGACUCCUUUGUUCCGCCCGAUGUACUCGACCAGACCCACAACGAUUUUCCGAAUAAAUUCAUUUUGAUGAACGAGGCAUGCGCGGGAUCCUCCAUAUUCGACUAUCCAAAAGUGAUAUUAGGUUCAUGGGAGCGUGCAGAACAGUAUGCUUUAAGCAUGAUACAGUACUUUAACAAUUGGUCAGUCGGAUGGAUGGACUGGAACUUUGCUCUGGACAUGGUAGGUGGACCAAACUGGAUCAAGAAUUUCGUAGACGCCCUUAUCAUCGUCAACGCCGACAAUGAUGAAUUUUAUAAACAACCAAUGUUCUACGCUGUGAAACACUUCAGCAGAUUCGUUGAGAGGGGCUCAGUCAGGAUUGGCAUCACUAACCCACCCGGGGACGUGAUCAGCACGACGGCCUUCUUAACGCCACAAAGAGAAGUCGUUGUUGUCGUAUAUAAUAGGAAUCAAACAGAAACGCCAAUCACUAUAAACGAGCCGAACGCUGGUACCAUUUGCGUAACUUUACCUCCUCAGUCUCUGACUACCAUUACUUUCGGACAGUAGAAAUCAAAAUAUGUAUGAUCUCUGUCACUAUGUGGCAUUUAAGAUAAACCAAUGGUCGAAUAAAUGUAUGCAAUUUGAA